UAAAACUGUCACUUGAUUUAGCGAAACUGAAACUAAACAGCGGUUGCCUACUUAUUCUGCAAAAACGCAGAAGGCAGCAAACCACAAUAAUAUAAUAUAAUAUACAAUCAAGUAGGCUGUAGACCAAUAUACCGCCGGAUACAUUAUGGCGUGGAAUGAAUCGACCUCGUCGCUAACUGAAGAAUUGGAGUGCCCGGUCUGUUUGGAUUUCUUUAAAGACCCGGUUAUGCUGGACUGCGGUCAUAACAUGUGUCGGGCCUGUAUUUUGGGUUACCUUAAUAACCAAGGUUCGGUUCUGUGCCCUGAAUGCAGGGCUGUCGUUUCGGGUCCAGGCAGCCUGAAGCCGAACCGGGUUUUGAGAAAUUUAGCAGACAAGGCUCGUGAGCUUAAACUAACCGAUAACCUGCCGUGUCAUCUGCAAGGCCCUACGGCACCGCCGCAGGAAUGUGGAUUCCAGAGCCCCAACUUUGAAACGGGAGGGCUUUGUUGCCUCAAACACGGCGAAAAGUUGAAGCUUUUUUGUGAGACUGACAGAAAGCUGGUGUGCCUGAUAUGCCGAGACGAGAGGCAGCACAAAGACCACACUUUCAAACCAGUAAACGAAGCCGCACAAAGUUGUAAGGAGGAGUUAAACCGAGCCUUGCAGUUUCUUCUGAGCGAUAACCAUGCAGUGCAGAAUGUGGAAAAAGAUCAGAAAAUUGAACUCUCGAGGAUCCAGGACAGGUCUGGCUGUCUGCUGGCAGAUAUCACGGCCAAGUUUGCUGAGCUGCACGAGUUUCUGCGUCGGCGAGAGGAGGAGGUGAAGCGAGAUCUGAAAACAGCCGAGCGAAGGGCUCUGGAACCCAUGGAGAGGAACCUACAGAGGAUCCAGGGAGAGCUAGGAGACAGGACUGAGCAGGCCAAGAAACUGCAGCACUCGCAGAGCAUCACACAGCCUGUCGCUUACCUCAAGUGGUGGAGCGAGACAGGGUCCCCCAUCGUGGAAGAGCUGAAAGAAAAAGCUCCCAGUGGUCCUGCUACUGAUGAAUGGGAGAUCGUCGGUGUCAGUGGAUACGAAUCCAAACUGAAAACCCUGAGUGUGGUCCCUGGCUGUUUGUCACUUGGUCCCUAUGAGACACACUUGCAGUUUUUCAUUUGGAAAGAAAUGUUGAAAGUAAUCCAUAGAGUCCCCCAGCGCUUGACAAUGGAAGACUGCUCUCUGUCUCUAAAAGUGUCCCGCGACGGUUUGAGCACGAGGCAGAUCGACAUGGAUCUGGUCCAACCCCACGAACGCCGAAAGGCUCCCCCGGUCUUGGUCCAAACAGAAGCACACUUCGAUCAGGGGCUGCACACCCAGAGCAGGGAGAAAUUCACCUCUGGGAGCCACUACUGGGAGGUGGAAGUGGGGGGAAAGAGCGACUGGGCAGUGGGGAUCAAGAUGGAGAAAAUUCAGGAAAGGGAGGCCAAGUGGUACCAGAAGAUCAUGCAUUUCCUGAGCAGGCACAAUUACCUCCUGCUGGUUUUCAGCGACGAUAAGAAUUUCAGGAUCAGCGCAUUUUCAGUAGAUAUUCCCAUCUUGCCUGGGGCUAGGCCCAGGAAGGUGGGAGUGUAUCUAGAUUGUGAAAAGGCUCAGGUCUCUUUCUACAAUGCUGAUGACAUGUCCCAUAUCUACACCCACGACGAGUGUUUUGCUAAAGGUAUCGCUGCCUAUUUCAACCCUGGUCCCUACCUAGCAGGUAGAAAUGCAGAGCCCUUGACUGUAUGCUGUUACUGAUUCCAUGAUCUCAAAGCAGUGCUGACCAGUGCUUUAUAAUAAACGUUCUUGCCUUUUAAAAGCACAAACAACAUAAUCGGUACCCUCCCUUUUAAGGGAGUGCUUUUCAAAACUAUAAAAUCAAUUUUCUUAUCUCUUAUGAGCACUAGCACCGUGAUUACUGCCACUCCCUGCUGGAGUAUUUCCUUUGUACGUUGAGUAUGUUUUUUGAGACUUGGUAGUUUCCUACUGCAGUAAAUAAAAUGAAAAAGAAAAA